UUGGGUUGUAUAAUUAAUCUUAUAAGAGUUUAAUUUCAGAUUAAUUUGUUUGAUUCAACAAUGUUAAUUUAUUUGAGCAAAAAAAUUGCUGUUCCUAAUCAAAGGAAAGUACGAAGCAUUGCAUGGAGUCAAGAACAUGGUUUUAUCGCAUGUGGAGCGGGUAAUGGGUUACUCAAAGUGCUCAAAUUGGAUACAUGGGAAGUGAAGUCUAGCAACCUGAAUUUACCCAAAAAUUUAUCCAUGAAUCAGACCCUUGAGGGUCAUAAUGGUGAUGUGAUUUCCAUUGUCUGGAAUGAAAGAUACGAAAAGUUGACAUCGUCUGAUUCAAAUGGACUCAUCAUUGUUUGGAUGUUAUACAAGGGAUCUUGGUAUGAAGAGAUGGUCAAUAAUCGCAACCGAUCUGUUGUCAUUGGUAUGUGUUGGUCAUCCGAUGGACUGAAAAUUUGUAUUGUGUAUGAAGAUGGAGCCGUUAUUGUUGGUUCAGUUGAUGGUAAUAGACUGUGGGGCAAAGAAAUUAAAUCAAUUAAACUAACUUGUGUUCAAUGGUCACCUGAUGGUAGACUAAUACUCUUUGGCUCAACAACAAGUCAAGCUCACAUUUACGAUCAAAUUGGUAAUUAUGUUGGUAAAGUACCAUUACCAGGUGUAAAUGGGGCUCAUGGUAGAUCGAUAACUGGUUUUGUUGAUUCUAUUCAGGUUGUUGAUAUCAAAUGGUUUAGCAAUGGAAACAUAGCCAACAGUUUAGCCAUUGGACUGUCAAAUGGUGUUAUCCAGCUGAUGAAAAAUGAAUGUGAUGACAACCCUCUUCUAAUUGACACUAAAAUGACAAUUACCAGUCUAUCUUGGAAUUAUUUUGGUACCUAUUUAGCAGUUACCGGUAAAUCGGGAACAACAGAUGAAUCCACCACAAAUUGGGUUAAAUUUUACGAUCCAAUCGGAACCUUGGUUCAAUCACUUAAAGUUCCUGGUAAAGAUAUUGUUUCAUGUGCAUGGGAAAAGGAAGGAUUGAGAAUAGCUUUAGGAGUUGAUUAUUACAUAUUUUUUGCUAACAUACGACCCGAUUAUCUUUGGUCUUAUUUCGCCAACACAAUGAUUGUUGCCUUACCCCGUGAUAUGAAAACAUUGGAUUCAAGCUCAGGACCAAAUGAUACUGUAAUUUUUUACAAUUUCAAUUCCAAUUCCAGACAAAUCAAGAACAUCAAAAACUUAAAAUGUCUGGCUGCUUAUGGACAAUAUUGUGUGUUUGCAACAGGCUUUGAUGAUACAGAAUCAUCAUCACCUUUACAUCGUAAAUUAAGAUCAGCAAGUUCCUCCAUUCAAGGAAACAAGCUCAAUUUUAAUGGACAAUCCGAUGAGUUACUUUUAUCUCCGACUUCACUAAACCAAUCUUCAUCUUUAGCUAAUGUUAAUCAUACUUCACUGGUUUUAUGUAAUUCAAUUGGAGCACCAAUUGACUCUGUCAACAUUGAUUUAGCAGUUAACUUUAUCGCUAUCAACUCAACUCGUGUUAUUGCUGCUUCAACAGAUACUUUUGUUGUCUGGUCAUUCAAGGUUCCAUCCAGAGGUCAUAACAAUGAUAACUCUGGACAUGUUUCCAGUUUAGCCAAUCCAUUUGGUACAUCGUCAUUAUCCUCGUUGUCUUCAUCUUGGAAUUAUAAUCAAUCUUUGAUGGAUGGUGGAUCAUCAUCAGGAUUUGAUGAUCGAGAUGAAGACAGAUCUAACCAGAAGUUUGUUAAAAUUGAUACAAUUCAUCUUAAUUUAACUGGUUCCGAUGAAGAGCAAAUUGUUUGCAUUACUCUGUCUGAAAGAAGUCUGGUUUUGGCCACUGAUAAUGGCAAUAUUUUCAUUUACCUGUUGCCUGAGCUUAGUUUAUCACAAAAAUUUUCAAUCGAUUGUAAACCCAAAUCAAUUUAUUUAAAUUGUGACUCUUCAAGGCUCGCAAUCAUUGAUUCUUUCAGCUUGUUGACAAUCAUUGAUUUAGAUGCAACCACUACUAAAGCGUCUAUUCUUGAUUUUGAAAAGAAAGAUGUUUGGGACUUUUGCUGGUCAACUGAAAAUAGCGAUGCUUUUGCUAUCACUGAGAAGUCAAAGUUGAUUGUUUACUCCAACCUAGAAGCAGAUGAGUCAAUUACAUCAAAUGGUAAUAUUGUUGAAUUUAAAGACCUUGUCGUUAAAAUGGUUCUAAUCGAUGGAUUAGUGAUUGAAUCUUGUUCUACAUCAAGUCGCACUAAUCAAGAUUUAACAUCUAAAUCUUCAGAUUCCUAUUUGGUUGAACACGAAACAAAAUUAUUACGAGAAGCAAAAGAGAUUCUCAAAAAGGUUGGUCCAGUUGAAGGAACAUCUUUCAUCGAGGAACACUCACAUCCCAAAUUAUGGAGGCUUUUAUCUGAAUCAUCGCUGGAAUCGUUGGAUUUCAAGAAUGCAGAACUUGCUUUAGUACGAUGUAAAGAUCACAAAGGAAUACAAUUUGCUAAAAGAGUAUCCAAGUUACCUUCCCAAGACUUACAGCGAGCUGAGGUUUACGCUUUUUUUGGACUAUUUGAUGAAGCCGAGAAGGUUUACUUGAAUUGUGAUCGACAAGAUUUAGCAAUUUCUUUACGUAAAAUGAUUGGCGACUGGUCAAGAGUGGUUAAAUUGAUUGAAAGCGAUCAAAUUGGACCAGGCAGUAAUGACGCUGAAAUGAGAGAAGCCUUGAAAAAUUUGGGUGACUAUUGUUAUGAUUCUCAUCUUUGGUCUGACGCUGCAGGUUACUAUGAACAAUGUAGUGAUUGGUUUCAGCUGUUCAAGUGUUUUACUCUGAUGGAGAAUUACGAUGGAUUGAGACGCUUAUCGAAUGACAUUGAAUCACCUUCUUUACUUGAACAACUUGGUUGGAUCUUUGAGUCGAGUGGACUAUGUAGUGAUGCUGUUAAAGCUUACCAAAAAGCUUCUCGUUUAGACUCAGCUUUGAAGUGUUGUGUUAACUUAAAUGAAUGGCGAAUGGCCAUAACAUUAGCAGAGGAACGGCAAAUAACCGAUAUAGAUGCUCUAAUGACCCAAUACGCUAACCAUUUACUGUCCAAGGAAAGAUACAUUGACAUUGUGGAACUUUAUCGUAAAGCCAAUCGGAUCGAUGACGCUUGUGAGAUGUUGAUCAAAAUAAUUGAUAAAGUAAAAUCAAGUUCACUCAAUUUACCGAUAAUAAACAUGAAAAAGGCCUACACGUUGAUAGGACUCCUCUAUGAGCAAUACCACUCUGCGACAACCGCUAAUGAUCGACGUGUAAAUACGCUGAAUGCGCUGUUAAUUGAUGAUCAUUUAGCAACUGUUGAUCUCAGGAAUAACAAUCUUAAUAAAGCUUUUGACCAACCAUGGAAAGGAGCUGAAGCUUACCAUUUUUACAUUUCUGCUCAAAGACAAUUGUAUGCUGGUUAUUAUGAUUCGGCAAUGAAGACGAGUUUAAAUUUAAUUGAUUAUGAUGAUUUUAUUGAUCCAGAAGAUAUUUAUUCACUAAUUGCUAUCACAAGCAUCACCAAUUCAAAUUAUUACAUUGCCUCUAAAGCUUUCAUUAAACUUGAAUCGCUAGAGUCAAUACCAGAGGAGAGGAGAUUGUCUUAUCAAGAUUUGGCCAUCUCAAUAUUUACCGUUAAUCAACCCAAAGAGUCUAAAAAUUUAACUCGAAGUGAAUGCACUUAUUGUGAAACAAUGAUUGCUGAUUGGUCAACAAUCUGUCCAAGUUGUAAUGUUAAAUUUCCCAUUUGUGUUGCUAGCGGUAAACCAAUUAUGGACGCAAAUCAACAAUGGACUUGUUCAAGAUGCAAACAUAAUUGUUUAAGAGUUGAAUUAGUUUCAUUCAAUAACUGUCCACUCUGUCAUCAUCCAAUUUCAUCUUGAAACAAUAACCAAAAUGAGGUUGAA